CAACUGGUUUGCAUAUAUAUUCACGAUUAAAAAACUCACUAAAAAAAGUCUUUUCUCUCUAUUUCUUUUUUUUUCAUCUUUCCAAUUAUCCAUCACGGGUUGCUAAGGGAAAACGUGUUUUCAUUUUGGCGCAUCCAUAAUUUCCCCAUCUCUUUCCCUAUAAAAUAUUGUUCAUUGCAUGUCCAUAGAAGAUACCCCUUUUGUUUCUCCUCUUUUCCAUUUCAGCUCACUCACUUCCAUGGCAGCCAAAAUCCAGCUCGCCAUGGCCCUUCAAAACAGAGCACCCAAGCUCUCUGUUUUGGCACUAUCCUUCUUCUUUCUCAUUAUUUCUCUGUCUCCUCGCCGGAGCUCCGGCCAGUCGGCGCCGGCCUUCGCCUGCGAUGUCGGGACCAAUCCGGCCGUGGUGGGGUUCGGCUUCUGCGACUCGUCGCUCGAUUUCAAAUCAAGAGUUGAGGAUUUGGUGAAGCGGCUGACACUGCAGGAGAAGAUCGGGUUUCUGAUUAACAACGCCGGAAGUGUGAGUCGGCUGGGGAUUCCCAAGUAUGAGUGGUGGUCGGAGGCCUUGCACGGCGUGUCCUAUGUCGGUCCCGGGACUAAGUUUUCGAAUGUGGUUCCCGGCGCCACCAGCUUCCCUCAGGUCAUCUUGACGGCGGCUUCCUUCAAUGCUUCUCUGUUUGAAGCCAUUGGAAAGGUAGUUUCAACAGAGGCAAGAGCCAUGUACAAUGUGGGAUUAGCAGGACUGACCUAUUGGUCGCCGAAUGUGAACAUAUUCAGAGACCCCAGAUGGGGCAGAGGCCAAGAGACUCCCGGCGAGGACCCUCUGCUCUCCAGCAAGUACGCGGCUGGCUACGUCCGGGGCCUGCAGCAGCGAGAUGACGGUGACCCUGACCGCCUUAAAGUUGCCGCCUGCUGCAAACACUACACUGCCUACGAUUUGGAUAACUGGAAAGGCACAGAUCGUUAUCACUUCAAUGCUGUGGUGAAUGCCCAGGAUUUGGAGGAUACGUUCCAGCCGCCAUUCAAGAGCUGUGUGAUUGAUGGCAAUGUGGCUAGCGUCAUGUGUUCUUAUAAUCAAGUUAAUGGCAAACCAACCUGUGCUGAUCCAGACCUUCUUGCUGGGGUUAUUCGAGGCGAGUGGAAAUUGAAUGGGUACAUAGUUUCGGACUGUGAUUCAGUAGAUGUGCUUUACAAUUCACAACACUACACCAAGUCGCCGGAGGAAGCUGCAGCUAAAACUAUAUUGGCAGGGUUAGAUCUUGACUGUGGCGAUUUUCUCGGGAAACAUACCGAAGCAGCAGUGAAGGCAGGCCUGGUGAACGAGACGGCCAUUGAUAAGGCGGUUACGAACAAUUUUCUAACUCUGAUGCGGCUAGGCUUCUUUGAUGGCAAUCCCAGCAAGCAGCUUUAUGGAAAGCUUGGUCCAAAAGAUGUUUGCACAGCAGAGCAUCAGGAGUUGGCCCGGGAGGCUGCAAGGCAAGGCAUAGUUUUGCUUAAAAACAGCCCAGGAUGUCUGCCCUUGUCUUCCUCUGCAAUCAAGUCUUUGGCAGUCAUUGGCCCAAAUGCAAAUGUCACAAAAACCAUGAUUGGAAACUAUGAAGGCACGCCGUGCAAAUAUACAACUCCUUUACAAGGCCUAUCAGCCGUAGUUUCCACCUCGUAUCAGCCCGGCUGCGCCAAUGUGGCUUGCACCUCCGCCCAGCUAGAUGAAGCAAAGAAAAUAGCAGCAUCUGCAGAUGCGACAGUUCUCGUAGUAGGAUCAGAUCAAUCGAUCGAAGCCGAGAGUCGUGACAGAGUUGACCUGAAUCUUCCAGGGCAGCAGCCACUUCUAAUCUCUGAAGUGGCUAGAGCCGCAAAAGGACCUGUAAUUCUAGUCAUAAUGACUGGUGGAGGCAUGGAUGUAACAUUUGCCAAAAAUGAUGACAAAAUCACUAGCAUCCUAUGGGUUGGUUUCCCUGGCGAAGCUGGGGGUGCUGCCAUAGCCGAUGUAAUUUUUGGGUCCUUUAAUCCAAGUGGUAGACUACCCAUGACUUGGUACCCACAAUCAUACGUAGAGAAGGUCCCAAUGACGAACAUGAAAAUGAGACCAGAUUCAUCCAAUGGCUACCCAGGAAGAACUUACAGAUUCUACGCAGGCGAAACAGUUUAUUCAUUUGGGGACGGAUUGAGUUAUUCCGAUUACAAUCAUCACCUCGUUCGAGCCCCAAAGCUCGUAUCGAUCCCGUUGGAGGAAGGCCACAGUUGCCGCUCAUCAAAAUGCCACUCGCUCAACCUCGUGGAACAGAGUUGCCAAAACUUGGGAUUCGAUGUUCAUCUGAGAGUAACGAACGUCGGACAGAGAAGCGGAAGCCACACCGUUUUUCUGUACUCAUCACCGCCAUCAGUCCACAAUUCGCCUCAGAAACACCUUCUGGGUUUCGAAAAGGUCUCUCUCGGAGCCGGCGGAGAAUCGGUGGUUCGAUUCAAGGUGGAUGUAUGCAAGGAUUUGAGUGUCACCGACGAGAUCGGAAGCCGGAAAAUUGCGUUGGGCCUUCAUGUUCUCCAUGUAGGAACGUUGAAACACUCGUUGAACGUUAGGAUUUGAGCGGGAAGAGGGCCGUCCAGUUCCGCCGCCGCCGCCGCCGCUGCCGCUGCAGCCACGCGCGGUGGAUGAAUCUGAUUUGUUUUUCUUAUGCGUUUUGGUGGGAGGGAAAAUCAAGUUGUAAAAAAUAAAUUGAGAGAAUUGUAACAAUUUUCUCGAUUCUUAUUUAAGAUACACAAAGAACUGAUGGAAACUUCGGGGAAAAGGGACGGAAAUGACUGCAAAACUCUUGCAUUCUUUUUUUCAAUUUUAAAAAAAUAAAGUAUUUAAAGGAAACGAAGGUAUAUUCAAGAUUUCACCA